AUUGGUGAAGGCGAUUCUGAAAUAUUGCGAGACUUUUUGCCUGCGGAGGUAUUAGAUGGUGCGUUUGAUAGCAUCAAAUCCGAAGUCAAAUGGCAGACAAUGCAGCACCGUGGUGGCGAAGUACCCCGUCUUGUUGCGGUCCAGGGAAUGGUGCGGGAUGAUGGGUUUGUUCCCAUUUACCGCCAUCCUGCGGACACUCAACCUGGUCUUUCACCAUUUUCUCCGACAAUUGCCCGCAUAAAAGAUGAGGUGGAGGGAAAAAUUGGACAUGAGGUGAACCAUGUGCUUAUCCAACUUUACCGUCGUGGACAAGACAAUAUUUCUGAGCAUUCAGACAAAACCAUGGACAUAGCUCGAGAAUCGAAAAUUGUGAAUGUAAGUCUCGGAGCUCAGCGGACAAUGGUGUUGCGGACCAAAAAGGGCACAACGGAUGGCCAAUUCCGCCAAACGCCACCAGAUCAGAACCCUCCUUCUCGAAAGAUUCAAAGAGUCAUUCUCCCUCACAACUCGAUGUUUGUUCUAGGGGCAAUGACGAAUAUGCGAUGGUUGCAUGGUAUCCGCCCGGACAAACGGGAGACGUUUCUCAAGUCUGAUGCAGAAAAAGCAUUUGGGGGCGAAAGGAUAUCGUUGACAUUUCGAAAGAUAAGCACGUUUACUGAUACAAAUCUGCAAGUAAUAUGGGGACAAGGCGCGCGUGGUAAAACAAAGGAGGAGGCAGAGCCGGUCAGCGUGGGAGGAACGACGGAAGCGGAAGAAAUGAUUAUCGCUUUUGGAAAGGAGAACCACCAAAGCGAGUUCGAUUGGGAUCAGAAUUAUGGAAAAGGCUUCAACGUGCUCGAUGUAGUUGAUGUAUCCUCCAUCAGUUGA